GCCCGUCCGCCUUUGUCUCCCUAGUGGCGAUGGUUUUUACACACUGUACCAGGUACUCAUUUGAGGCUGAGUCGACGUAGGGGAGGCCCAGGACCGGUUCAGACAAUCGUCACUGAGUGUUGGCCGUGAGCGGGAAUCGACCCGGGUCGCCGGGCGAACCACCCCCAACGCCGCUGGUAGCCGCCUCUGUAGCCGCGUGUUGGGCAGGCUGCGCCACACGCCCGCUCCCCCCCCCCUGCGUCUCCGUCGCAUUACAAACGAGGGCCAGUCACUCUCAGAGUCACUCCACCGAGUCGCUCGCUUCCUUCUCUCGCGCUCACUCCACCAUGGCUUGCGCCGCCGCCGCCACGGACGAGGAGCGCGACAUCUCGUGCCCCAUCUGCCUGGAGAUCUUCUCCCAGCCCGUGUACCUCCGCUGCGCGCACUCCUACUGCUCGGCGUGCAUCGAGCGCCACUGGGACGGCGAGGCGCUCGCCAAGUCGGGCGGCUUCUCGUGCCCGCAGUGCCGCGCCUCCACCCCCGAGAGGCAGACGCCGAGCAGGAACGUGGUGCUGGCCACGCUGGUGGAGCAGUACGGCAAGAAGCCGGAGCGCCUCUCGUCGUUGUCUCUGCUGGAGGGUGCAGGAGAUGCCAUCGCGCCUGGCAGGGAUUCGCGCGAGGCGCCCGCGAGUGACUAUGAAUCGGCCCGCAACAAGCUUCAGGAUAUCUACCCGGAGUGGACAGAGAAGCGGGAGGCAACCAUUGAGAACCUGCAGGGGAUGGUGCAGGCGAUACGCGAACGGCAGAAGAACGUCAACAUCGCCAAGGUGACCGGCAGCGCCACAGGCAUCGUCGGUGGCGUCUUGUCCAUUGUCGGCCUGGCCCUCAUCCCCGUCACCUUUGGCGCGUCCCUGGGCCUCAUCAUCGGCGGUGCUGCCAUGGGAGUGGCCGGGGGGAUCACGGGCGCCGGAGCUUCGAUCGCCCUCACCGUCCUCAACAGGAUGGACAGCACCGAGGCGCAGGAGCUCCUGACGCAGGACACGGAGCUCAGCGUCAGGUUGCACGAGGCCAUGGUGAGACUCAAUAGGGCGGCAGCGGGCAGCGGUGAGGGCGUGAGUCCCGGGAGCUUGAACCUGCCUCAGGUGGCGAAGAACAUCACACAGAUCAGCAUUGCGGCAGCCACGGUGGCGGAGGACGUGGCGGUAGGGGCGCUGAGGGGCACGGCCGGGGCUGCGCUGCGAGUAACAGGCUUCGUGCUGAGCAGCGUCUUCCUGGUGGUGGACCUCGCGAGCGUGGUACACUCCAGCCUACACCUGAGCAACGGCAGCCCCUCUGAGGUUGCCGAUCAGCUGCAGGAGGUCGUGGACUCGCUCCAGGGUCAUUUGGACCAGAUGCACAAACUCUACUACGAGCUGUGAGGCCACCCACACUGGCAUCUCCAGAGUGUACUGCACAACUUGCGUGGCGUACGUAAUAUAUGAUUGUGACGAUGACAGUUUGGUGACCGUAAUUACAAUCUGCUCUUGUAUAAUGCGAUGGUAGUUGUUCCUGAAGAACACCACUUUAUGGAAAAAAUCGCGUUAUAAUAAAUAAUAUAUAAUAUUUGGUAAAGCAGAGUCCACAAUAACACGUGAUAUUAUGCGUACGCAGGCUGAACACAACACUGAGGGGUGGUGGGUAGCAUCUAGAAGCAUCCUACAACAGCAACCCGAUGCCUUGUGCGAUGCUACUCUGAGGCAGCCGUACAACCACUACUCGUACUCGCACUACGCAGUUCCGUUCACUCAAUCGCAUUAUAACGAAUUCACAUUCGCAUUAUAAAACAUUUGUUCCCUAAUACAUUCAUGUUAUAUUCAAUUCGCGUCAUGCAAACACGUGUUAUAUGAGAAUAGACUGUAUAUGAUGAUUGUGAUGACAGUUGGGUAACUGUCGUCAGUAUUUCUCCUACUGCUGCUAGAACGUGCGAUAAACUACAUCCCUUGUUGUCAAUCCAAUACUGGGAUGAGUGUCUCACCAUACUACGAGGGUCUAUUAACUAUAACCACAGUAGACUCUCGAUUAUCCGAGUGCCAUUUAUCUGAUUUAUGGAUUAACCGCACACCUCAGAUUUUGACAUUUAUUAAUAAUUCAUGGAUUUUCCCUUAAGCCCAAACUAAUAAUAA